CAGCCGACUCGUCAAAGGUGUCAAGAAAGGAGGAGGAACAGAAGUUGCUGCUGGAGGUGAAGAAACCUCCGAAGAGAAGGAGGAAGAAGAAGAAUACCAAGAGCGGCUGCUUUAUUUCCAGGCCUUUCUGAAGAAAAUGACUGCGGACACGAACGAAGUUGGGUAUGAAGCGAUCGAACCGAAAGACGAAGAGGUGCUCUUCGCAUAUAUAACAGGGAUACAAAAAGCAUCAAAGACAGCACAGCGCGCAGAUAUGAACAACAUGCUGGAGAUACACAUGAAGCAGUACGAGGAGCGACUCCGAAGUACAAUACGUAAGAAAAUAGAUGCUUUCCAAAGUAAAGAUUGGAAAACGUGGUGUGAUGUCGAAGGAUUGGAUCAUGGCAGAUUUAUGCAGAUGCUGCAACAGAAGUUGUCUGUUGAGUGGAACGAAGUAUUCCAAGAAAGCGUGGACCGAACUAAAGACAUCCGACACCGAAUCCUAACUCAAUUUAUGGCUCAAAAAUAUUCAUUUCUUUACAGUUCCACUCUAUCUAGAAAUUUAGACUUUGGAAAGUCCCAGGUGCAGGUAUGUUGCCUCAUCAUCAACACUUCUACUAUCUGCAUUUCUCUUCAUCACUUUCUUAGGAUUGGGAGAACUGCAGGCAAGUAGUAGAAAUGCACUUAGGAUUGUGAGCUCUAAUCAAUAUGAAGCUAUGCAUUCGGAACAGGUAUCGCAAGUCCUCAACCGAGAAGAAAACUGGCCCAAAAUUCUCUAUGAGCCGCCUCAAGCUCAAGCUGCUCCACUAGUUGAAAAUAGCUGCUCCACUGCAAGACAAUUAGUAACAGAAGCACUAGAAGAAAUAGAAAAGACGAGUGACAUCACGGACUCAGAAAUGAAAACGGCGACUAUGGGGCAACAACAUGGUGACCACACAGGCACUGGCACUCGUCCUCGUGGCAUAAUUCCCCAUGUUAGUAAUCGCAUGACGAUGUCGAUCCUUCCGCAGAGUGUGGCGCCUUUUCUUGUGGGUGGAGUAGAGAGCCCUACACCUGGUACUUUGUCGCUUCACACUAUCUUUGAUCCGAUAGCUUGGAAAACGACUGCCGAUUACUAUAGAAGGGAGCAUUAUAGAAGAAGUCAGCAUCGUGAUGAUGGUCAUGAAGAUCGGGUCCACGACCUGUUGGGUGGAGAUCAUGUUCUUCAUGAAGAUUCUGUCUCCGGUGCAGCGAGAAAAGGUCAAGAAUCUGCUCCUGCUGGUGUGCAGAAGGAGAUUGAGAGGAAGAUGACGAGUUGUAUGGAGGCCUCUCCCGCCUCUGCAACAGGAGGUGCGGAGCAAGGCUCUCCGAUUUCUAGCUUUUCAACAACACGAACAGAAACAGGAGCACUCCAACAACAUUCGAUCGACGCAAGGGGUUUUCUGGGAGAGCAUUUGCAUAUUGGAGACACCGUCUCACAGCUGGUGAAGAAAUUGGCCUUCUGUGCUGCCACUGGUAAUGGUACAUUCAAUCAGCGAAGGCACAAAUCUCCGAUUGCUUCUACCAAGGCCGUGAGGAAGAUGUCGGCUGCGCAAAGAGAGGCUCAUGACCUUGUUCGAGCACAAACUGCUUCGAGAGGCGGCAUCAAGGUAUCGAGAAGUACAAAGACCGCCCGCACUCCCCCAUUGGAUCAAACCGCCUACGUCAUAAAUGGCGCAACUAAUGGAGGAAUCGCACUGGUCUUUUCUUCCGCCGUAUCAGAAAACUGGGCAUGA